AUGUCUUCAUCUGAAGAAAGCAGUACCGCUGGAUUUGAUGCUCGGUUCCCAAACUGUAACCAAACCAAAUACUGUUGGCAAUCAUACGUUGAUUAUUACAAAUGUGUAAACGCACGUGGAGAAGAUUUUGCACCAUGUAAACAAUUCUUCCGUGCUUUCCAUUCGUUAUGUCCUAAUAACUGGAUUGCUCGUUGGGAUGAACAACGUGAGAAUGGAAAAUUCCCUGCUUCGCUUGCCUUAAAGCAAUUAUCCAUGAGUCCUUACUUUCUGAUCACAAUUUCAAACUUGAAGAUAUUUCAACUCAACAAACACAUGACCCGUGUCUUGUCUUCUGAAAGAGUAAACCGUAUUGGUUUUAGUUACGAUUUGAGAUUGGAUCUUUACACCACAGCGUGA